CUUGAAUAGUGGACGAAUGACCUUCGCUUUAUGGUGUCGAUUUUUAACGCGCCGUGUGGUCCUUUGGCGGGCGAAACACGUGCAACAGACCCAGUUCACCUGUAUAAACGCAAUAAGCUGAUCGAUAUCUCAAAAAUCCAAAUUCUGAUGUGGCCGCAAGAUGACUUUGUAAAGGCUUACUGCCGUGAAUGCACGCCCUUCGAAAUUAACCCGCGCGGGGAAAACCCAUUAGUGUAUGCCAAGAGCUGAAAACUUGAAAUGGUAUUGCACUUCGGAAAACCGGGAAAUUCUCUGUUGAUUUGAUAGUCCAACACUGGCAGAACUUAAAAUAUAUUUUUGAAGGAAAUAUGCUACGGGCUGAAGCGUUGUUUCUCGCUGUGCUUUUGGGAAGCCCUAUGAGAAGAGAUGACACCGUGAAUGCAGGUAUGGUGAAUAUAUUUUGAACCGGGAGCUAUUUCUGUCCUCGAUACAUGUUUAUAGUAAGUUGAAUGUAUUGAUACACACUGUAACAUUUAAAACUGACUGACCCACGUGUAAAUAUGUCGUCUAAUAAUUUUAUUGCUAUUAAUUUUCCAGAUACAAAGUUUACUCCGCGCAGCAAAUAUAACUUGCUAGUCAGUGGAAAUAAUGUCUCUCUUAAGCUUCAAUACGCUUCCGACGUUUUCCUUACAAUAACGAGUUGUGUGGUUGGCCGUUUGACGGUUUUGGCUUGAAUGCCAAGCCGAUUGCGCCUUCGCUCGUGGAAUUAAAAUUUAACAGCUCAAAAAUUCGCGAGUUCGGCGCACUCGAAAGUAAAACGAAAACAUGAGAGCUACUUUGAAUAAAAACACAUGAUAUUAAUAAGUUCUCUGAUAACUGCUUUAGGAAUGUGUUUGUUCUAAUUCUAGUAAACAAGAAAACUCGGCAUAGCAGUAAAAUUUUCCAAUUUUUGGUGUGGUGUUUUGAAAUUGGAUUUUAAUCUUUUUUCUUGCUAAUAACCUUUUUACCAAUGUGGCUAGUUCAUUUUCAAGUAUAAGUUAUAUUUGAUUCUGUUUUCUUGAUAAAUAUUCCUUCAAGUUGUAAACCGUAUAUUUUAAACAGAAGUUGUCAAGACAGGGCUUCAUAAUCGUAGAGGAUUUAGUCAACAAUGGCAAGAUUAUCUAAAAGGAGGAGAUAGAUUUUUGCUUUAUAGGAGAAGUAAAAAAAUAUACAGAAAAAAAAGCUGUCUAAGAGGAAUCGUAAACACGACUCUCGUAUCACGCCAUUAGACAUCGUUUAUACAUCUAUUUAAAAAUAUGACGCUUGGUGAAAAGACAAGAAUUAUUUUCUCAAAACUCGGUUGUCAUGGAUUCUCUAUUUUCAAGGAAAUAUUUUUUGAUGAAUUCUACAGAUUUAAAAUUGUGUUCAUAAAAUAUAUACCUUGACGUUUUGCCAUUUCAGGGAAAAGAAGACUUACUGUAAACAUUUUGAAGAAGUUACGACAGAUCUGCAGAGUUUCUUUUCCGUGUUUUUGCCAUGCAAAUCAGGGCAAUGAACAUUCGAAACAGGGAAGGGGCAAGACAAGUAAAAGAUGUCUUAACAAGUCGCUUAUUCAACGAGUUUAUGAAAUAUCCCUAAACACCGGUUGCAAUAAAUUUUAGAACUAUUUCAAAGGAAAGGUUUUUGCAAUAGGUAUUUCCAAGCUUUUGCUUCCUUCAAGGGAGCAGGCUUGAGUCUUUCGAUUAACAUUGUCCAUGCAUUUAAUCUGUUUACUCUCGCGUAGAGUGAAAUAAUGGAAUGAUAAAAGAUAUCUUCAAUUAUAAAGCAGCAGGAAAACAGACCAACUGCAAGGCCUAAACUCUGACCGAAACUCAAAUUUAAUUGUACAUUUUUCGUUUUUAAAUCUUGCUACGGUGCGAUAUUAUAAUUUCCAUGAUGGGUCAAAGGCACAUGUUUUAAUCAACUGACAGCACGGCCCAGUGAAGGCCUUUUUUGCAUGAAUAAAUGCCUGCAAUUUUUCUUAUUUAUUUAAGAUCGAUAUUCAGUUUAAACAUGUCGGAAUAUUUCAAAAAGGCUUCAAUGGAAAUGACUGCCUAAGUUGUCACAUUUCACUCAAUUUUUUCAAGGGAAAGGUUAAUUGAAGCAAGCUUUGUGGUACUACUAUAUUCGCAACAGCCCGGUCUUGUGCUAGUUUUCGGGGUUCAUUUUUUAACCAAGACCAUGACUAUAAUUCAAGCACAUUAAACAAAAUGUUUUAAAUCGUCUCAUAACUGCCUACUUGCUUUUACUCAGAUGGUCUGACGAAUGCAACUGACUUUCACUUAAACAUCAAAAGCUUGCGUAUGGGAUAAUUAAUGGAAAAUUACAAAUUCAGACUUUAUCUUCAAAGAAAAAAUAUUGGUUGUCUGCCGAAGUAAUCAGUGAAUGUUCUAAAAAAAUACGAAAUGCGAGGGCAAAAAAGUUAGGAAAUGUACCUGAUUAAUCUGCGUAAAAUGUUGAACUUGAAAUUGCCUUUAAUCCAAGACUACUUACAACCAUUUCAUAAUAUAACAAUGGUGAAUAUUAUGUCGUUAUAUUCCGCCCUCGAAUUACUCAUUUACGGAGUAAUUUUUUUAUUAGCUUACAGCCAUAAGGUGUUUUGUAUUCUUGUAAAACCAAUGAGUCUCUCACAACUUGUUUUAUUGUGCUGCUAAGAACUAAACAUGACCGUCACGUACUGCAAGAGAACUAUCAGUCAGGAAACCGUGCCACAGGUGUAAACAGGCGUGAUUUUUUACACGCUGUAAAAAAAUCAAUUUUUUAAAGGCCAUUUAGCCUUCUUUCCUAAAGGAAGGCCGCUCAUUUUAUUUAUAAUUUUUCACAACAUCUGUUGAGCGACUGUAGUACUCUUGCAAAAUUGAAUCGAAUCUGCUUGGGAGAAAUGUGAAACCUUUCCAAUGUUUCCAUUGCUUUUACUGGCUCUAUUUGAUUGGGUUUUGUCUGAUUUUUUAUCACUUUUCGCAUCGUUUCCGUAGUUUUCAUACACUCGACGAAUCUUUUAGGUUCCUUAAAACCUUGGAAAGAAGGUGCAAAAGCUGCUUAUAUUCGAAAUUUUGUUUCAAUCUAAGUAUGUUUCCGAGUCAGCCGAGACCAACCAAGUGAGAGGAAUGUUUUUAUUAUAACAUUUUCCAAAGGUUUUGUUAUACAGACGAUUAUUUUUAAAACAUUUUUAUAUGACGGCUUCAAACAAAACAGAGAACAAUCCGUUAAAAUUUACUAAUGUUCAGCAAUGUCACUCCGGUUUUGAUUCUCAAGUAAAGCCUUACUACCGAGGAUCACUAUUUUUAAAUAUUGUAUAACAGUAAGUAUUUCUUGAAGUUAAUACGGCUCACGUCCCUGGCUUGACUAUAAGAUACUUAUUACCGACACCUUUUGCAGAUCUGUCCAGUUAAAACGAAGACUUCUGAAACUCGUCGUAAAUUGUUCUUAUUGCGGCAACAUUGUUGUAAUAAUUUGCAAUUUAUUGUCGGAUUAUCCAAAUUUCUUCUUGCUCGAAUUCAACCACAACAAUGCGAAAAACAAAACCACGUUGGCUAUGUUUCUUUCUUAAAGUGCAGGUGUUCUAUCGGUCCAUUAAUUUCACCUUUUCUGAUCAGAUAACAAGCUGAUUAUGAUUUAUAUACCCUGAACGCGGCCAGCUUACCGAAGGCGAAAUAUUCAUAGAUAACUGAUUUAUAAAACACUUGUUUUUUUUUUACAGUCCAUCAGUAUAAGAAGACAGGUUUUAGCGUUUCAGAUGCACUUUGCGGCUAUGGGUUUAUAUUCAGAAAGUCGUCUUUCAGAUAAUUAUGGUUUCUUCAGAUGAGUCUUGUCUCACAGCAAAAGACAUCAUGAUUUUAAAGCUAUAUCACCGUGAAGACCAUAAGCCUUGCAAUGUUGCGAGUAAUUGAUUUAUCUCGAACGACUCACUGUCAAGGAUAUCAAAGUAGUAAAAAAAAAUCGGCUUUACGCAUUUUAUUUUUUAUCACAUGUCGCGAAUACAUCACUUCAACCUUUAAAUAAUCUUAUUGUUAGUCAAAAAUCAUGAAAAGGUCGAAGCGUACAUACUGCUUUGAAAAACAUGAAUGUAAUGUCCCUUAAUACAAAACAAAGCAAGUUUACAAAAAAUAUCUAGCGGCAGUUUAUAUGGAACUUGUUUCUGUGGUCACUAUCAAAAAAAGCACAAAGUGCCUCAUGGAAAAUUAUUCUUUGAACUUGGGCUUCCCAGAAAAACACUCAUGAGUUGGAAACAAAAUAUUCCACAGUGUGUGAUUCGGAAAAAAAACAACGUUUAGCAACCUGCCUGCCUUUUUGUCAGUAAGUGUAAGUAAAUUGUAUUACUGAAACCACGUUCAAAGUCCAUGUAAUUGUUAUCGAGGCCUCCAAUUCUUUUAUCCCAAGAUUACGAUAGUGGAAUAAAAAUCAUGAUUAUCUUUUAGAAAUUUUCCUUUAUUAACGCCGUAUGACAUGAGUGCUUUCUUCAAAAAGAUAUGGAUUUGAGUGGGAGCCAAAAUGUUUUCCUCUCCAAAAAUUGCCGGGGUAUGCGUCACAACUAAGUGUUACUACUGUGUCUACUGUUCUUGUAAAAAUUUUCUGACUUCUGAAAAAUGUAAAUCCUGCUUUCUGGUACGAUCUCUAUGCAUGCCUUCAGAGAGAUGAAUUCUUGUUUUUCGGCGAAUCAAUUUGAGAAAGUUAACUUGUCGUCAAAUGGAAUUGUUUUACGUGGAGAUUUUGACCGAAACAUCAUAGUCGCAGAAUAUACCCAAAAAACUGAUCAAGUUAAUCGAUGAAACACUUUAAAUCUGAAGGUUGAAAUACAAACGUAAGAAAAUGGCAGCUCGUGGUCACAAAUGAAAUCAUUGAGGAAAGGAGUGUUCGUGAGAUUAUACUCGCUUAAGGGAUUCAUCCAAAAGUAUAUCGCAAAUAGUAUAACACAAGAAAUUAUUAUUCAGAGCAACCAACAUCACCACAGGAAUCAAGUGCUCAUGUGUAGUCACUUUCAUUUAAUUUGUCAAGAUUCAGGAUUUCACGCCCACCUGAGACACACACACCCGGUAAAAGUUAGAACCACCUUGUAGGGCAGAUCGCAUGCUGCACUAGGAAAAAUUCAGGACUAUCAAAAUCAGAUUUAGAAACAGUCUUGAAGUCCUAUAAUCAAAAGCCAAACUUUGUAGCAUGAAAAACAGUGUUGGAAGCUUCAUUUACAUGGAAAUUGUAAGGUUUUGCAUACCUAAGGCUCUGAAAGUUACAGUCACUUCUAAUUUGCAGCAAUAGAAAAGACAGCACCAAAUGGAAGCACCGUUCGGUGGCACGGGUUUCAUGUUAAGAUUCAGAAGUUAGAUUACUAGCUUGUACAGCAUGAUUAGGUGGUAGCACCUCAAGAGAGAUACUGCUGAAUAUUUCCCGUCUUUAGUGAAAUGGCCUACACCUCUUGGAUCAGUUGGGAUUCAUUCACUGACUCGAAAGUCUGAACUGUGUACGGAUCGUUACUUCUAAAUCAGUGAGCUCUUAACACCACAGAAAAGUACUGCUCAAAAGCUUUCAUUUGAGUGGUCACUCGUUAAAAUUUCACUCACAAACUUUAAAGUUAGAACUACCUUGUACAGCAUAAUAAACAGUACCACAGGAAAGUACUCCUCAGUAGCUUUCACUGAUUUGAAUGGUCACACUCAAUGAUUUCAUCCACAGAAUUAAAAGUUAGGGACCACCUUGUACAGUGUAAUAAACAGUAGCACGGGAAAAUACUGCUCAGUGUCUUUCUUUUGAAUGGUCACCAACUUUAGGAUUUUAUCCACGUGCUCAAAAGUUAGAUCACCUGUGUAGCAGGGUAACGAAAGUGAAAACCGGUAACAGAGGAAUCACUGCAGAAAAAGAAAGUAAUCUUGCUUUAGAACUUUAGUGGAAACGAGCGUCAUUCUUCAGGGUGUGAAGUUAACUGUCCAGAACAAAAGAAAAAAUUACUCGGGAGGGUAAUAGACAUUCUACACCAACACAACGAAGACUGAUUUGAAACUUCAAGCGCUUUAAAAGCAAUACAACGUACUGACCUGAAAUAAUGUAUGUACAUGUUUAAGCAGUCUAAAAACGGAAGAGACUUUAAGUUGUUUUUGUGAAUCUCUACCUUAUACGACCCUAAAAUCAAGUUUAUACUUAACUCGUGCAAAACAUUUUUCGGACAGAAAAAUAAAUUCCAGUUAUCACUGACAAGUGAUAACUGAUGUGUCAGCACUUUUGAGUUGCUUAUAAUCAAUGGUAUGAAAUUCAAAGUUUCAGAGGAAGUCGGUCCGAAACAAACACCAAAAAUAAUGCUUGAGCAGAAGAGUAAAAACGUAGGAAAUACAACGAGUGUAUGCAUGUUUUUUAUACCUCGCGUGAUCAGGAACAAUUUUCAAUUACGUACAAGUUGUGAAUGUUUAAUAUCAGUCACGGAAAGUCGUUAAAAUGACCUGCUUUUUAUUUAUCCUGUUCGGUAAACACCAUAGCUAAGCACGGAAUAUUUUCUUUUUUAAACGUACGGAUAUUUUAAACAGAAUAUGUUACUUUUAGUUUUUCAUCGACUCUUAAAUACGACUUUCUAUUUUUUUUCCCCUCGUUUUCUUUUGCUAUGAACAACUGAAGUAUGAUGCAAUAUUAAGUUUUUCUUGCAACGUUGUUAUUGUUGGUUUCAUGAAAUCAUCAUACCAUACUUUUAUCCUUAAAAAUGUCUUCUGUUCUUCUGUAGUGAUAUUCAGAAUGGAACAUAGUGGUCUAUAAAAUCAGUUUUAAAAUCUUCGAUAGGGGAGUUGCGUGGGAGUAAUUCUCUUUCCAUUAGAAAGCUUCCGAGUGGCUUACUCCAGUAUCACAUAACAAGGUAAAUUGAUUCGGAUAGAUCUUUACACAAGCGUUUUUCAGUGACUCCUCUAAUAUAAAACCAUAAGAAAGGUUCCGUAUUUUCGCAAUGAGGGAAAGCAAAAUCUACGACCAUUGGCGCGAUGCCGUCGUUUAGGCAGUUGCGUAUUAACCGAGAAACACGUCACUUAUCGUAAAAUUUUUUGACUAAUUUUCUGAAUGGCAGUCAUUAAAUUUGACAAAAUGUCAUGCAAAAAAUUCGUGAAAAAAUAUAACCCUGCGCGAAAUAAUUGAUAUUAAAGAUCUUUUCAAGAAAUAAAAAGUAGGCUAUUUAAUAUGAUAUUCUGUGUUACAGAGUCAGUUUGUACAGUCAGUAUUUGAUAGGGGAAAAUAUGGAGAAAUUAAUUCCAAGAAAAACCAAGUAACGCUAAGCUGUUUUCCCUGCUUUCUUGCGAAAUAUUUAUCUUUACAUACUGCAGCUGACGUUUCAGCUUAGUCUUUUAAUAGUACUUAUGUUUAUUUUGCCCUGCGAGAAAUGUUUUACCCUCAAUGGAAAAAUAUUGUGAAUAGGACUUUGAAAUGUUAGGGAUUGAAAUUAAGCUCCUUUGCCUGGAAAAGAGAAAUUUAGCAAGGUCUCAUUCGUUGUUCAAAAACUCAUCUCUCAUGAAACCCGAUGCAAUCUUUUACGAAAAUCCAAUCUUGCAGGAAUAAAGUGCAUACAUAUACCAUUUUAUAAAAUAACUGAGAUAGUAAGCGCGUUCUGAUUGGUUAAAAACCUGUGGUUUAUUGUACCGGUAAACUCAUAGGAAACUAAUAAAAGUUAGAGCGAUUUUCGAAUGACCUUAAAAAGUGGUUUCGGCAAGUGUUCGUUAUUUGUCUUAUUAGCCAGUGGAAGAAAAGAUCAAAACAUGAACUCUUCGUUUUCUCGCCGAAGAAAACCCUAAUAAACAGAAGGAAUUGUUCGAUUGGCCAAUAGUGUUGUAGUAUGACGUCAAAGCGAGGAUCGUUUGAUUUCUAGAAAGUUCUCGGGCAUGAAGUUUUUUCACCCGAGCGUUCGCUUAACCAAGCAAAAGCCACGCGAGUUUGUGUCCGGUUCGAUAAACCAAUCAAAUCGCUCUAUUUCUGUUCGUUUGUUGUUUUUGUUUUGUUCGCGCGUUUUCAUUUCAAGGUCAUACGAAAAUCGCUCUAUUUUAUAAAAGCAAUAGACUACACUUUCUAUGGGUUUUCUAUGGAUGUUGCAGAAGAACACGAGAAAAGCUUGUAAAAUAAACUUGAUUCCUUUAAGAAUUGAUCUCAUAUCGCGGCGUGUCGUUCUUUCUGCGCGUGCGCGUGCCAGUCUACAGGUACCGAUUUUCAGUGAACCGUCGUUGUUCACAAUAAACAACGUGUAUUGACUAACAAUCUUCGAAUUGUUUAUUCAAACGGAACUAUUUGAGUAUCUUUUAGGUUGUAAAUGAGCUGUUACAGAGGCACUGUUUCCGUUUUAUCUCCUUGAUGACGUGGCUUUUUAAUGGGAAAUUAAACUCUCAGAUUUAUGCGUCGUAUACACACCUAGGUCGUAGCCCCAGCAGUGGCGUCAACAAAAUUCUACCUUCUGAUUGGUCAAAGUUGUAGCGAAGUCACGUGAGAUGGUGGGCGGCAACCAAAUUCAAACUCUGAUUUUAAAAACUCUAUUCUUGUUGGCGUGUUUUAAAGGCGCUGGCGUCUUACACUUGCAAUUUUGUGCUUUCUUUUUUCAGUGUAGUGCCGAGUUCGACAACAGCAAAAAACGUUAUUUAUUUCGUGUGGAUUUGCAAAGAUUAUCACGAAACGAAGACGAGUUGUCAUAUCGAGUAAUCGAUAUUAUGUUAAUAAUGUGUAAAUCCUUUGAGCGAAAAGUCUUUCAUAACUUCGGAAAAUGGACGUACAGUUCUGAACAGAAUAAACUUUAGAACAUACAAAAAAACUAAAUUGGUUUGUUAACGAACAAAUUCUGUGAGCCUUUUAUUCCUUUUCCUUAGUCCAAGUUUUUUGUCGCUCUUUCUUCUGCAGGAGAAUUCCCCUGGGCUUUACGGUUUUUAGAAGAGCCAGCGGAUACCCAGUUUGCGCAUAAUCGUUCUGCGAUACUCAAUUGUAAGGUUGAAGACAGACCAACAGCUACGAUCAGGUGGCAGAUCGCGCACUCAGGUCUUUUGGUCAGCGGUAACAUAACUGGAGUGCGCCACAUCUUACGUAACGGCUCGCUAUUUUUUCCCGCCUUUUUGGAACGUAGUUUCAACCCUUCAGUACACAGAGUGGAUUAUCAGUGCAUCGCAAAUAACAGCGUUGGAACGAUUGCUAGCAGGAUUGCCAGGCUUCGCGCAGGUAGGAAGAGGGAUGGGAGAGAAAAAUUUUAAUAGUUUUAGUGCUCAUCUUUUUUCUGUUCCACUUUGCAAAAUGGAUGUGAAAGGGAAAGCGAUAUUAGAUCGAUUAAUUACUCAAUUAGCGGUUUUGGAGGAACAAGGAUUAGGCCAUUCCCUUUUUUUCUUCGUUUACAAUCGAAUGCGUUUCCUGAUGUUGGGUCGAUCGGAUUGAAAAAAAAAAAAACUAAAACAAAAAUCACAAGAAGUCUCGAAAUAGUAGCCCUGGUACCCCAGGACGACGUUAAAAGUUAACAUUCACAUAUUUGGAUUAACAAAAUGUACAAUAUACUGUGAAAAAUGUUCAUGUUUUUGUUCCUGUUUUUCUCUAUGCUGUCACUAUGCUCAUUUUUCAGAUUAAAAGAAUUAUUUCAAGUGAAAAAUGUUGUAACUACGUCGUUACUUUUUUUUUUUUUUUUUGAAAAUGCCAAAAAUUUGGGUUGGACGUACGACGGUAAACGGAUAAAAAAAAGAGGAUGGCCUUAGCCCAGUCGGUUAGUGAGCUGCCUUCUGCACGAGAGGUUCGGAGUUGGAUUCCCAUGUGUGACCACAGUACAACGGAGCACUGAUAUGGAGAGAGAGAAGUGGGUGGGGGGGGGGGGGGGCAAGGGGGGGAGAUAGCGCAUCGUCGCUCCGGCCGAUCCAGGAUCUCUCUUCGUAGGGGUUGCACCACUAAGGAAUGGCAUAACUGACUGGUGACGUGACGUGCUUAGCUACCACUUUUUACGGCGUUUAACAUGAAUUCUUCAACCUCGUCUCAUGUUUUACUUCAACACCAGUAAACCACAUAGUUUUUUUUGCAGAAUACCAGUUGUAUUAGAAAGCCGCAGGUCAUCUCAGGGGGUGGUCGGGGGGGGGCGGGGUUGAGCACCCCUGGCACCCUCCCCCUAGACCCGCCACAGCGUCGGCUUCAGGUUUCAGUCUAAUCAGUACUCUUACGAGUUACCGACGUAAAGCAAGGACCUUUACUUAUAUGUUUGACUGCGUAAAUGCCUAAAAUAUAUGGACAAGUAAAACAAACCAACCGAUUGAUAACUAUAAUCGACAAGUGUUAAUCAAAUGACUCUUAUUUUUCAUUUUUUCAAUGUCAGUUAUUGUUCAACCCUACAUGGUAUACGCCCAAGAUAGCUUAGUGAUUAGUGGAAACACCGCCGUAAUAAAGAGUGUAAUAUCAGAGCAUGCUCGUGAUUAUGUGCGUGUAGUUUCGUGGGAUGAUGAUAGUGAUGGCAGGCUCACCUUGGGGGGCAGGUACUUCCUCAUGCCUUCUGGUGACUUGGUUAUCACAAAUGUCAAUGAUGCUGACACCAGGAGCUUAUUUUAUUGCACCACGGAGAACAUUUUGACGGGAGAGAGGCGCGUCAGCAACCCAGCCAAAGUGUUUUUGCGAGGUACGUAAUCCACCUGUCACUGAACGCUUAAUGACUACCGUAUGACCGAGCUGAAAUAAAAUUAUUUAUAAUUCUUGAAAACAAAACUUGACUUCAUAUGUAGUAGUCGUGGAAAGUCCAAGUCUUGAUUCACUGACAGCUCGAUCGAACUUAUAGUUGUACAUGUUUUACGAGAUUGGACGCUGGUUGCAAAACCACAGUAUAAAAAGCGAUUAUUGUAGAUUAAUGGCUGACAUUAACCCCAGAAGGGUGGGGUGAGUGGGGCGUUAGCGGUUACUCGACAAAGUUGUAUACGGAGAAUGAUCCUCUUGAGUCCAUUCCCUCGCCCUUUUAUAUUGAAGAAAAGCUACCCUUUUCUUCUUCAUGCCUUUGAAAAAUAGUGCCCUGCAUCCCUUCCAUAAACUUUGGAAUAAAAUUAAUAAACAAUAUUUCGGAGGAGCAAGAAUAUUAAAGUGAUAGAGGUAUAAGGUUAGUCGUUUCGAAAUAUUUUAAUCAAAGUCUCUUUUAAAUACGUAAGAGACAGAUUUCAUUACCUUUUCAUAUACCAAAACUUGAAAGUUACCAUCAAUUUAUAUAUCUCAGGACUGAGGGUACCCCUUCCUCCCCGGAACGGGGUCUCCCCCCUACAGAUGGCCUCGUCGCACGGGAACAUCAUACAAGUUACACACAUACUUACGCAUUGCGAACCAUGUUUCUUUUGCUCGCUGUAGAGAAAAGGUCCUCUCCACCCAGGAUACUGAACAACGCGUUUAAUAUUACUGUCUUUGAGGGCAACGUCAGCGAGCUACAGUGCUCGGCUGAAGGGUACCCUGUGCCAGCGGUUGAGGAGUAUAGCUGGAAGAAGGAUGGCGUAGCUAUUCAAAUGGGACACCGCUUCUCGAGGUUUGCUGGAGGGAGUCUUCGUAUCGAGCAGACAAAAUUCGAGCAUCAGGGACUGUACGAGUGCGAAGUAAAAAACAGUUUGGGUACCGUCACCUUGUCUAUAGCUCUUUCUGUUCGAGGUUAGUGCAAGAAAACAUGGGGAUCACAUGGUUUCAAUUUCAUCGCGGAACUGACAUAUUAGAAUCACCCUGUAUGGCAAAAAAGAACAAAAGGGAAAGUAUUACUCAGUACAGCUUUAUCACUCUAGGAUCUCGUCUAGACUCAAUGAUCGCACCCUUUGAAUAUAUCCACGACCUCAAAAUUUGGAAUCAUCUUGUCACUGUACAGAAAUAGUCCCGUAGAACUGCUGCCACGUAGCCUUUAUUUGAUUGGUUACAAUUUAGGAUUUGUUUUUCGCUCAAACGUUAGCGUUAUCUUGUAUAGCAUUACAGAUGGUAACUACAGGAAAGAACUACUCAGUAGCAUUCACUUCAGUGACACUGCAUGAUUCUAUCCACAGAAUCAAAAAGUGAGAAUCACUUUUUACAGCAUAAUAAACAGAACCAUAGGAAAAUACUGUCAAUAACUUUCACUUGAAUAGUCACACUUUCCGAUAUAAUCCACAGACUCAGAAGAGUAGAGCCACCUUUUAAAGCACAACAGAAAGUAUCACAAGAAAGUGUUUGUCAGUAGGCUACCAAGGCUACAAAUAGUAUUUUUGUGAAAACGCAGAGACAAAUAAAAAAAGAGCAAGGAAUACGGUAAAAUACGCAGCUGAGAGCUUUUUGCUUUUCAGCCUCAUAGUUCUAAAUGAUCUCUUUUGAAUGUUUUUCCUUAGUUCCUUUGAGAUUCCUGAUUAGACCCCGGAGAAAAGUCACCACAGUGACGUCAACGUCUGGUUACGUCAUGACGUGCGAGGUGACGGGUGAACCAAAACCCAGCAUCACCUGGUUGCAGAAUGGAAAAAAAUUCACUGAUAAUGACAGAAUAAGUAUCAAACCCAAUGGACUGGAGUUUGCUGUCAUCUACAGCAAAGACCUUGGCUUGUAUCAGUGCGUUGCUGACAACGGUCUGAAUGUAAUACAGAGCAGCGCUAUGCUCAUCACCGCAGGUAUGACGUGUGCAGUGUUUGGCCCCGUAUAAGGGAAUUCAUCACAGUCUUGGAUUCUGGAUUCCAUGCCGUGGAUUUUAGAUUCUUUGUCAGUGAUACUUGAAUUCCGAAUUCAAAUCGGUAGUGGGAUUCCUGAGUCUUUGAACUGUAUUCCGGACUCCAAAGCCGGCAGGAUUCCAGAUUCACAAGCAAAAAAUUCCCGGAUUCCGGAAUGCUCAGGUUGUUGGUAGGGUCGAGUGUUGCUUGCCACGUGUUGCUAUUAAGUUUUCCGCUAGUUUUAUACAGUAUUAUCCUGUAAAACCAGGGCUAAGAAAUAAUUUUUAAAUAGAGUUAGGUCAAAGAUCGUUUUGCUUUGGCCAUUCACUUGAUAUGUCAAUACGUUACAUAGCUCAUUAAUGUGUCUUCUGAAGUACGUACCAGGAAAAUGGUCACGUUUUCUGAACGUUAGCUUUAAAAUCGAACUUGCGGCACCCUGCGAGCAGAGAUUUCUCUCUUGCAUGGCUUUUAGCGUUUACGAAGUCGUUCGCGUCGCUUGUCAGUCGCGUAGUUGCUUUGUUUUAUACGCCCCCAAGCCAACUACGCGACUAUUAAACAAGCGACGCGAACGACUUCGUAAACGCUAAAAGCCAUGAAUCAGAGAAACCCAUGCUCGCAGGGUAACAUGCAAUUUCAGUGGAGGUUAAUCUCUUUCUUCGGAGCAUUCUUGAUUGAUUUUGUAACCUUAGCCGAAGUUGUUUAUUAGUCUCUUGACUGGCUACGAUCUAGUAACUCACACAAUUAGUUUUUGUUAUUAUUUCUUACCAGAACGUAAUCCUACAGUCAUAUCCAGUGCGGACACGCAUCAGGUUAUUCUCCAGCAAGGACAAAGUCUCAAUGAAUGGUGCCGAGCCUACAGCCAAAGUCGCCAGGAAAUAAGGUGGUACCUAGAUGGCGUACGACUGCAUAAUGGGAAUGGAUAUACCAUACGUCACGUGCGGAUUACCGACGGAGGACAGCCGGGAGAUCAAGGAACACGGAGUACCAUUACGGUAGAUAAAAUUACAGUAGAGAAAACUGGAGAGUAUAAGUGUAUCGCAUGCAAUAUUGGAAAUUGCACUUCGCAAGUGAUUCGUGUCUACAUGAACGGUAAGUAAAGAGUGAUGUUUUCGGACCGGUUUCGAGCCGUUUACUUCUCCCUUGGGUAUUUUGAGACUGGCUCAAGUUUAUAACCCAUUUUUGGGGACGAUCGGUAAUCAUGAUCAGAAACCGGUCAAAAUUUUGUCUCCUCGGAUAAGACCGACAAACCUUAGGCCCUGUCUCACAACCCUUACACAUAUGAUAAAUUCUGUGGAACGUUUAAAAACCCACAUAAUCUUCGUAAAGAGUAGGGGUUGUAGUCCCAAGUGUAGUGGUCUAUCUCAAUUCACAUACUAUAGGGGGCAUGAUGCCCCCUAUAGUAUGUAAUGAUGCCGCAUCAUUACUCAUCACUUCUUUACUUUAGGGGGGGGAGGUCAUCCAGACCCUCAGAUAAGGGGGGGCGGUCUCCAAAAAAAUUUUUUCCAGCCCUUCGGGCCCCAGUUUGGUCUUAAAAUAAAAAGAAAAUAAGGGGGGGCGGCUCCCCCGGGCCCCUCCCCUAGAUCCGCCACUGCCAUAUGUCCCCCAACCAGUGUUGUAAAUUAUCCCUGAAAAGCCCUGAUGAGAGUGGAUAGUAAGAUAUUUAACAAUUAAUUAUUUCAUCUCUUUGUAUUUCGACAGGCACAUUAAACGUUACCUCAAUUCCCACGGAAGCAAACGCGACAAAAGGGCAACCUUUUCAACUGCCAUGUGUAGUAAAAGGCUACCCUUUUCCCACUGUCACGUGGUCUAAAGAUGGAGUCAACAUUCCGUUUAACCACCGGCAAUCUGUCUCUGUUGAUAACACCCUUCAUAUCUCCAGUGUACAAACCGGGGACGCCGGUCGGUACAAGUGUUCAGCGGCUGGUAGUAAUAAAGUAGAGGAACGCAUUGUGGAAGUUACUGUUUAUGGUAAGUUGAGAUAUAAUGCUAGUUUAUUGAUCUUACUUUCUAUCCUAAAAAAUUGCAGAAAAUAACAGUGAAAGGUUACAGCUUUUCACAAGAGACAACUUUUUAAGCCGAACUUUGCGCUUGCGCAGUCGCGAUUUGAAAACGAGUACUGAUUUGAAAACAUUCCUGGGCCGGGUUGUUCAAAGCUGGGUUAAGAUAACCCAGGGUUAGUGCGAAAUUUGAAUUCAGAUAUGAGAGCUUAAAAAGUAAAUUCAGUUUAAUUCUUUUUGUCAACAAGUUGAUGAUUGUAUGCUUUCAAAAAUAACAGAGAAAAUUAUCCGAGAAAAUCAGGCUUUUGAACAAAAGAAAAAGGAACUCGGGUUAAAUUUAACCCUGGGUUAAGCGCUAAUCGGCCUUCGAACAACUGAGCCCUGGCUGCACAAAUUUCACCUACGCGUAAAUGUAAAAGUGGCUUGCUUCUUAAAGAUCGUUGUAAAAACCUUUACGCAAGCCGUUUUCCCACAAUUUUUUGCUUCAUUUGGGCACAAACUAAAAGCUGAAGUAAAGAGCCUCUUACAAAGCUGGAAAGUGGAGGAUAUCGAACAUCUUCAUUAUUUGAGCAAGCCAACUGUGCCAAAGGCCUUUUUAACGGGAUGAAUAAAGGUGUUAAAGCUAGUGCUGUCCAAAUUUUUGAUGAUAUUACCCUCAUCAUCCAAGGCGAAAUGAUUGUUCCUUCGUGAUUUAAAAAAUAAAACGUAUACAAAAAGAAUGCUAUAGACGAACUAGAAACCAAAAGCAAUUCUUAUGCAAAAAGCAAGUGAAGCAUUUUUUUAAAUAUUUUUUCAUCGUUUAAGGCCUUAAAACUGGAGCCGAAAACUAUAGAAUGCUCUAAAUCAUUUUAGAAUGCCUAUAAUUUUGUUUUUGACUCAAUAGUUCAUGCUUUAGCUUAUUUUUAAUUAAAAAAACUGGCAACCACCUUUAACCCUCCCCUAUAUUUACAGAGCUCCCAGAACCUAAGAUAACCGCACAGGACUGGCACGAAGGCAAAGCGGGGACACUCACAUGCCACGUGCGUUUUAGUGCCAUGUGGCUGAAAGAUGGUCGUCCUCUUAGCGAUACACUCAGCAUCACUAAGUUGCCCGGAAGCAUGAGCAUUCUUCAGAUACAGCUGCUGACCGCCGCAGACUCUGGAACGUACACUUGUAUCGCCAGUAACGAGGCUGGGACAGUAAGUGUCUCCAAGGAGAUGGUUGUCUAUGGUGAGUAUGUGCUUCUUACAAAUUAGUGGCGAGGGGCAUAAGGUCAACUUGUCUAAUCACUUAAAAGUUCAUUUUCUUUAACCUCUGAAGUUUCUCAAUGUAUCUGUGUAACAUUAACAAUUGCUACCAAGGGGCAGAUGUUUCCGAUACCGUACAGGGCCGAUGAUUUUAGUCACAUUAAGUACCGAGCAAAGGAUGAAAGCCGAACGUCAGCUAACCGUUUGUAGUUUGCCGUGAUCCGUCCGCUGUGUUUGUUUGUUUAAGCUUUCCGUCGACACUACAGAACUGGAAACUAUGUACACAAAUUGUCUAAAACAUUUGGAAAGUAACUAGGUAUUACCUAAAUGUUUCCAUUUUUCUCAAUUUUUCUUUUAAGACUCUUUUAAACUAAGUGAAAUACGUAUACUGCACGGCAAGUGUUCUCGGUCGCCAUUCACUGUGACCGAAAAAAAUAUGAAAGAAGUUGUCAUCUUUUUUCGCUCGAAUUUGAAAAUCUUUUAGCUUUACAAACAGUGCAUGUGGAAAAAGGAUAGUAAAUAAAAACAAGUGAUCAAAAUGAAGGAAUAAUCGAUACAAACGAGCUGCAAAUACUAGCUCACGUUUUCGCGUUUCCUUCAAACAUGAAAAUGUUUUCCUCGCUUUGAAACGGCGGCCGGCAAACGGCAAACGCGGGAAAAGUCAGGUCACUUGUCCCUCUGCCUUUCACGGGGAAAAAAAUCGCGGUGCUUAAUCUCUAUUGUAGAAAAGAGUCAAAUUCAACUGGACUUUGUCUAGGCUGACCGUGAGGCAACCCUCUUUCCGCCCAACUUCUAAAAAAAUGCAUGAGAGGUUACCCUAUUCAGUAGUUUGUUAUUUUACUACUCACGGGUUCCUGAGUGACAAAAAAGCUUAUAACGGAGUCUGUAAGGAGAAAAAGAGGUAGCUUUUUUUACCCAUUCAUUAGCGUUUUGGAAUUUUCCUUCUCACAAAUCUUUCACGAGUCGCGCGAGGUAACAUUACCUGGAGGGAAAUCGACACAGUCUAAAAAUAGCUUAAGAGGGAGUAAGAUGUGGAUAUGGCCUAUAUGGGGGGACAAACUCAUCUUCUCUCACCGGCACUUAGUUUUGUCCCUAAUGGGCCCUCAAAGCUGAUCCUGUGCUAUUCUGCGUGUUUCGUUAAAAGACUUUUUUCAUUCUUAGAACCUCCUAAAUUCAUCCAAGAACCUGAGGACAAACAAGUACUGAAAACCUUCACGACUUCCUUGACAUGCUUAACAUCCGGGACACCACCUGCGCGUAUUGACUGGAGCAAGAAGUCAGUGGGAGGGCGGUUUGUCCCAGUCCCCCUAGAAAAGCCUCGUUUUGAAAAACUGGUCAACGGAACCCUGGUGAUCAGAAACGCAAGCGAUGAAGAUGAUGGGACGUAUUUGUGCACGGGUGCUAAUGGUGUCAGUGAUGUGGUAGUGAACCGACAAAUACAGCUCAAAGUUCACGGUAUGAAGUUGUUAGUAUUUUUUUCUGGGUAACAAAAUCGUGUAGGGUCAAUACCAGUAUUUUAAAACAGAAAAUCCAAUGACACCGUUGUCUAGUCGUUGUCAAAUUUUAAACGAGUAAUAAUUGUCAUUAAUAGCUAGUUAAGGUCAGUUAUCAAUAUACAGUGAACUCUCUCUUAAUGAGAAUCUCUGUUGGGCAAAGCCCUUCUUCAAAAACAGACAUCUUGAAUUUCUCCAUGCUGCGCUAUCAUUCGGUCCUUUUCUUUGGGGAGAAACCUGCGCAGUGAUUGACCUAGCGGAAAGUGAAGAUGGUUGGAUAAUAGGGAUCCUUAAGAUGCGAGGACAGCGACGGCGAGUAAAUGACGCUGAGGUCAAUAAAAAGGCAAAAAAGAACGAGGUCAAUAUCCAGCCACCUUGACCAAACAAGGUUAGUCAACAAUGAAGUUAUUGCACGGACAAAAGGUAAAAUUUUCCUUGCCGAACCAACGCGGGAAAUCCCGAGCGAGCAUCUUAGAGAAGUAUCGAGGUAUUGAGUAUCAUCGCUCGGGUUGCCAAUCAGAAUGCAGGAUUCGCUUCAUGCCGCCCGCUCGCGGACUCAGCCAUAUAAUAAGGAGACUUAAUGUGCGGACACAACGGAGUUUGUCUCAGAGAGAAUUGAAGGUAAUACAGACAAUCUCCACAAAGGCCACCUCUCUGCAACGGCUGCUUGUUUUGGCGGAAAUUCCAUAUAUUGACUGUUGCUUAAACAUCUCUACAACGGCCUGACUUUCUUGUCUCCAAGAUGGCCGUUGUGUAGAGGUUCAACUUUAGUUAUUAUGGCCGGACAUGGCCGCGCGGAGAUACGAAAUUUCUCUUCGAGUGUUGAAAAAUAUUUCACGAGUGAGAGCAGCGAACGAGUAAAUAAUUUUUUCAACACGAGAUGUAAUGUUCUAUUUAUUAUGUAAACACCAAUGAACUACCAAACCAUUUCACUUCAAUAAUUUUUUGGUGUGAAAGGCGCGAUUUAUUAUGUAGCCGUAGCGACGGUGAUAUUUUCACAUGUGAAGAUAACAUGUUAUUUUCACACGUGAAGAUAACAAGUUUUCGCGCGAAAGCUCACCUGGUAUUUUAUUGGUGUUUAUAUAACAAUAUAAGAUAUGAAAUUACGGUCAAACCUGUAUUAGGUGGCCACCGACGCUUCCUUCCCUGGUGCCCGCUUUAAUAGCAGUGUCCGCUAGAUACAGAUUCGUUUUACUUAAAGUAUAUAUGGGACGAUGCGUUUCAAAUAUACUGAGCUAUUUGUCCACUUGAUACAGGUUGUUCGCUUAAUAUGAAGUCCACUUAAUACAGGUUUCACUGUACUUUUGUCUUUCUAAAAUGUAAUGUGUUACAUCAGCUUCUCCUUCCCGGGAUAACAUCACCUCAUAAUGUUAGUGCGUUCGUUUGUCCAGCAGUGCCAGCUACCAUUGUUACUGCGCCGGCGAACACAUCAGCCAAGGUUUCCUCUGACGUCACAAUCAACUGCGUUGCGGUGGGCAAUCUACCAAUUACACUAACCUGGUUUAACGGAACAAAAGAAUUGUCAAGCAACUCUCGUGUUAGCAUUACGAAGUCUACAGAAGACAAAUACUACAGGGUUACAAGUGCGUUAGUCGUGAAAGCACUUGUGCUUGAGGACACCAAGACGUACUCGUGUAGGGUUGUGAACCAUUUUGGUUCUCACAGGAAGAGUUUCCAAAUCAUCGUUCAAAGUAAGAUUUUUGUUGUUAGCUGUGUGUUAUAAAGAUUCACGUACAGUGCGCAGUAUUGUACACUCUUAAAACCGCUUGAAAAAGCAGAGCGAAUAUGUUACGCGGUCAACUCUUGACGGACGCCUAGAGAGGGUUUCUGUCAUUCUCCAGACUUGACUUUCUCUAGAACAAACCCUAUCGAAUGGAGUUCAAAAUCGCUUUUGAUUUUUCUCCAAGGUAUUAACAAUGUUGCACUUCAGCCUUUUCUCUCCGCCUUGUACAGCGCUUUAAAUAAUAGUUUUUUUCUCAUAGACAUACUUACCUGGCGUUCAGAUAGUGAAAAGUGGGCAAGAGACGAUAGUCGAACAAAAACUGAAAAAUCUAAAAAGUUGGCUUUCUUACAGUACACUUCAACCCAAAAAUCACAUGCUAGAUAUACGUGGAUCAGGACCAAAUUAACCAAAUUUCGGUUUUUUUUUAUCCAUUUUAGAAAGGCCAUCUCCUCCGUCUAAACCGAAAGUCUCAGGAACAACUGCGCGCUCUAUCUACCUGACUUGGACACCUAGGUUCAACGGUAACGCGCAAAUCACAAAGUACACAGUGGAAAUCAAACGCGAGACCGAGGGUUGGGUAGUUGUUGACAAGAAAGAGGUGCAGACCAAUGGGCUGGAUGUCACCGAGCUACGUCCGGCGUCUACGUACGAUUUACGCGUGUACGCGACUAACAAAGUGGGAAUGAGCGACGCAAGUCCUGUGAUAACAGCGUCGACUCGUGAAGCGGGUAAGGAUUUUUAUCUGUGCAGCAUGCUUGUAACGUUAAGCCGAUGGCCCUGUCUCCUUCGUUCACCCUCCUCACUAUCAUUUGGAAGGGGACGUUAAAGAGCUCGUGAAAUUCGAAGAGAAGACUCUAGUAGGGAACCGACAGAGAAUAAUCGGACAGAGAGGGAAUGUUAGGGCGUUGGCCACGAUAUGUGAAUUUCACUCAUGUUAUUUUUAGAGGUUGUAAUUAAACGGAAGUCUAAUUCCUGAGACGUCUGCUCGUUUUUAAAAAUCGAUUGUUUGAAAAGACAUCAUGCCGAUCAAGUCCACCCGCGAAACAAACGCUUGCGGACCUCUCCCGAGGCCAACUUCCGAUUAAUUUCAAGCGUUUAAUUGGUCGAAUUAUAACUUUGGUGAAAUUCACAUAUCCCAAGGGCUAGACUGGGCGUUUUCCUCUCUGUCGCGUAAUUCUCUCUUGUAGGGGACGAAAAGAAAAGAAAAGAGAAGGGGGGAUGUAGACCCUGGUGUCAUAAUCUAUCUGACUUGUGCCAUCAUUAGGGACCUUAAGCAACGACGACGACAACAACAACAACAACAUCAAAAAACAAUUGGUUUUAUGAGCAAAACAACAGCUUUGCACGUGCAUCACGCUUUUUAGUACAUUUCUUUGACGUCCACUGCACGACUACGACGUGAAACCUCCUAAUUUGACGUUUUAUGGAGGACGUGGACAUUCGACAACGAAUUUGCCUUCCUCUUUAUGAACUUCAAUAAAAUCCUUAAGAAUUAAACUCCAGGAAAAGUCGCCUGCAUUUGACAUAUUGAGCGGGUUAAAAUAGACGUGAUUAAGUUUGAAAAGACGCAAAUUCAUUUUUUAGCGAUCGAGGUUUUCACUACCGUCGUUGUCUUUGUUGCCUAUUGGUCGAAGUGAUCAAGGUGAGAUCAAAUAUGGAUUGAAGCGGUUGUGUACUGCGCGUUUACCUACUGACGUUCGAUCUCACCUCCCUGGUUCCCCCGUAAUUCAGCCAUUGGCUGCAUGUGAAGAAAUUUGGCACCGUUUAUGUUUAUAUUUUUCAUUCAUAUUCAUUUUCCAAAUUAUCGACCCUCGUUACGUUCAUAUUUAGCGGUCUUUUUUCGUCACUAUAUUUGGGUUUCUAAAGUGUGUACAAAAGCGAGAACAUCGUCUACCUUUUUUUACCAGAAAGAUAAGUUUAAUUAUAUACGAUUACAUUGUACUAUUUGUAUGUGCUGCAUAUAUAACGGCAUCUCUAAAAGAAUCUUUUUCCAGAGUGAAUGUAAUUAAAUUUUAGUUUAUUUGUUAUUGUGCUAGUACAGACACAUACAAAAACAAAGUCAAUACUGUUUUCAUGUUCUGGGCGUUGUUUCUAGUCCGUUCUCUAGCAGCUGCUAGAGAACUUUUAAGGUUUAACUUUUAAGUUCUUUAUUAAUGAAGAGCAAGACGUAGUUACGCGAGGGUUUGCGAAAUACGUAUUUCUAGUAUACUAGUAGUACUAAGCGCACACUCCGUGAACGUUUUCAAGAACAUAGACAGGCAACAAACAACCCGUGCAAACGCCACAUACAGCAGCAGUCCCUUCGCACUUCAACGUAACCUGGCCACUCCAUCACAGACAUAGAACUUAUUUCAAUUGAACUUCAACCUACACUUAGUAUGUAACGCCGUAAAGCAAGAGAAGCUUACUUCAUAAAUAGAGGGAAAACUCUUUCACCAGAUGGUUUAGGCCGCUUGGACGAACGUUGAACUGUACCUUAUCGACCCGCUUUAUUGUACAAUUAUUUACCCAUCUAUCAUGUUAUCUAUUGUUCCCAUUUUUAGUUUAUCAAUAACCUCUCAUGUAAAUUUAAAUUCAAACUUUAGUAGCCGUUAUAGUAUUCUUCUUCAGUGUAGCUCUGGCCCUGAGGAAGGCUAAUUUUGUUAGCCGAAAUACUGGCCUAAAAUUAAUCAGCCCUUUGCCGUAUUGCCAGCCUUUCAUUCAGUUUUGGUUUAUUUAAAUUCCCACUAGUAGUACUGUAAAGUACUCUAAAGUUCCAUCAGAGUACUCAUGCAAAGGCAAUAGAAAGGUCGUUAGCUCUAAAAAUGAAAAUCACGUUAUAUCCAAUUUUUAUACAUAACUUACCACUAUCGGGUAUAUCAUUGUUUUUGUAGCUCCAUCAGAGCCCCCUAGACUCACGAACGUAACGGCGGUGUCUUCAAAGGAUAUCUUCGUCCGUUGGGAGGUAAGAAAGCUAAAGAACAUCUUUCACUGAACAUGAGAAUCUGUGGUUCAUUUGGAUCUAAGAGACAAGCUAAGGAUAUGAGACUCGGCAUGGUCAUUUAAGUCCCGGGGGGGGGUUCAACAAAGUCUUAUACGGGAAGGCUCCGCCCCGACGUCCAACACCUUACACUUUUAAAUACAACUUUCGACAGAAAAUGUACCUAUUUCGUACACCUUCGAAUUCUGUUGAAAAGUGGUACCCCUUUCAGAGCUUACAACUUUGCAUUCCUUUUAUCUGCUGCAAGUAGACUGUCUUUGAAAUAUGAAUAAAUCAUAAAAUCAAAACGUUUUCUCGACUUUUUUCACGGCCAUAUAAUGCAUCUAUUAGCUCCUUUGGGCCUUUACAUACAAAGGCAAUACUCCAACAGGUUUAAUCUCUACCCUUUCAAUUACCUGAAGUCUGAAGGGGAGUGGCCUUUUGGGUGAGGCCUCCCCGUAUAGGCCAUUAUAGGGAGUACCCGUGGGUUUAAGGGUCGAUACCAUAGAAUCAAAUAUUGUUUGGUGCUUGAGAGGGAGCUAUAGGGCACAAGAGGGUAUGAGGAAACUAACAGGAAUUGAAUAGAGUGUAGCUAAAUGUCGUGGGUCGUGGGUAGAGGUCGUGGGUCGUGGGUCGUGGGUCGUGGGUGUGGGUGUGGGUAAUUGUCGUGGGUAAAAAAAAGUCUUCCAAAAAGAAAUAAAAAUUAAGAAAUUAAAUAGCAAAAAGUUGGAAAAUUCAUGAAACGAAAAUCUCCGCGUACAUACCAGUCCUGUUCCCCUUCCCCGCCGUCAGCAAAGCAAAUAACCGAAUCCUCUAGUACAAACGGACACUAAAAAAAAAACAUUUAGGUGAAAAAUAAAAGAAACCCACGACCUCUACCCACGACCUCUACCCACGACCCACGACAUUUAGCUACACUCAAUUGAAUAUCAGGGUAAAGCGUUAGAUACGUAGGCUUCCUUAGUCUUUAUGUAACCUUAAAUCUCUGCAUUUAACACAGCCACCACCUUUGGAGAGCAGAAAUGGCGUAAUCAGAGGCUACUGUGUAGUGUACAAACAAAAUAAUAGACAUUAUAUGACGAAAAACAUAACGGUGAACGGAGGCGACAGAAGAAGCUACACUAUCCGUGACCUUGAGCCUUACUCUUUGUACAGUAUUGAGAUUCAAGCGUUCACAAGGGCUGGUGUUAGCCCGAGGUCAAAGACGAAAAUCGAAGUUCGAACUCUCGAGGAUGGUAUGUAUGACAACAUAACACAGAAAUGAAAGGUUUAAUUAUAAGGUCAUUUUUAGGAAAAGUCCAGCCGAAAAUUGAGGACUGUAUUUUGAAGUGGUUCUUUCAUUCUGGUUGAAAUCAAACAAAAGUAAAUGUUUUUUUUCCUUUUACUUUUGUCUGUCUACCAGUCUCGGGCUUAAGAUAUUCGCGCCUUUUUCGGAAUCGAAUCUUAACGGAAAUGGUAUUUGUGCGGCUACCGCCACUAAAAAAAUGCUGCUGAUCAGUGCUGGGCUUGCACAGGGGUUUUACGAGGGCUUAUUAACGGAAGGGCUUACAUCCCAAGAGGACUCAAAAUCGAAAUAGAAAAAGCACCUAUAGAAGUGGUGAUGAAAAAUACAAUUUGCACUUACUAGUUUUUAAUUUAGCUUCCAUGCGUCAUACCGCAUGGAAGCUAAAUUAAAGGGAGGGGAGGGGGCUUAUAAUCAGAUGUCGUUCAGUUUCUCUUUACAUGGGCCUGUAACUGGAAGGACUUAUAUGGUGGUGGGGGGCUUAAAUUACGAAAUGCCACUGUGUACCCAACCAUAUUUUACCUGCAGAAUUAAACUGUUGUCAACUGUUGUUUAUUUCGUUUUCAUCACCAGUCCCCAGUCAGCCUCCCCAGGACGUGCGAAUCAUGGUACUCACAUCACAAAGCAUGAGAGUUACUUGGAGUAAACCCCCGUCAAAUGCAAUCAACGGCCAGUUACUGGGAUACAAAGUAUAUUAUUUCAUCAUUAAGAGACCAGAGAAAAUCUUUAACAGAACAGUCAGAGGUUCUGAUGCGAGAAACGUAACUCUGACAGAGCUGGGCAAGUUUACCAGAUACAGGAUCAGUGUGGCGGCCUUCACUCGUAAGGGAGUGGGCGUGGCAAGUGUUCCGAAAGUAGAACUCACAAAAGAAGACAGUAAGUACUUCGAUUUUAAAGAUUCUUUCUUUAUUAAUUGAUUGAUUGAUAUUUUUUUCCCAAGAAGAAAGAAAGUAGAGACCCAGGGGGUACUAAAAAAAAAAAUACGGGUAGGCUCCACCCCGAGGUCCAACCCAUUACCCUUUAAUAUACCAUUUUUGUCAGAAAAAGUACCCCUUUGCAUCCCGUUUAACCGCUGUAAAUGAACCAUCUUUUAAAUGUGAAUAAAUCAUAAAACUAGAAAGGUUUCUCGGCUUUUUCACAGCCAUCUGUUAGCCCUUUUUGUUAACGAUCGAAAUGACAGGUUUCCCUAACCUUUCAUAUAAUCCUUACAUACCAUUUCAGUGGCGGAUCCGGACCUCCAGAUAAGGGGGGGGGGGGUCAUCUAGACCCUGAGAUAAGGGGGCCUGGGCCCCCUGGGUCUCUCCCCUGGAUCGGCCACUGCAUUUCAUAUACCUGAGGUCUGAAAAGGUACCCCUUUCGGGCGGAGCCUCUCCGUAAUAGGCCAUUGUAGGGAGUACUCCCCCUUCCCCCGGGAAUUAGAAACCUUUAGGUUCGAGGAAGACGAUGUUUAUUUAACUUUUUUCGCGUUUUCGCAAAAAAAAAAUUUACACCGCCAAAGUCCUCUCGACUUUUUUUCACAUGAAAAGUUAGCACGGUUAUUUGCCUUUUGCCUUAAAGUGGGUUAAGCCCUCUCCCGAUCGGAAAAUGAUAAAACUUCUAACCGUUGAUAAUUUUUUCUGUCACAACGAUUGAUAAUUUUUUAAUUUAUACCGCUCAGGGUAGCCCUUCAGACGCAAAAAAGCGUCUGUUAUCAAUGCCCUUAACAACGCACAAAACCACACUGGUAAUAAUAUAAAUAGAAAACUAUUUUUAAUUAAAAGAUUAAAAGAUGUGAAUGACUACAGCUAUCACUUUUUCCCGCCAAAAUGACCCUGUUUCACGCGCGUGCACUACAUAGAAUUGAGGAAAAUGUUGUCCUCUUAGUCUUUCUCGUCCUAAAAUCUAAAGGUAUUUAUUAAUAAGAGGAAAGAAAAGUUAAAAUAGUUGCUCGUUGUUCUAUCAGAGAAGGUAGGGGAGAGAAUGAAUCCCCAUCAGGCUUCAGACAGUUUUUCUUAAUCACAAAAUUGAGUUACAAGAAACUCAACUGAUCGUUUUUAGAGUACUGAAAACGCCCGUUUAAGUAACCCACGGGGGAGAACAUUUGACUGCGUAAAACUGUUAACAGUCCCCUAUUUUUCAGUGAGAUCGUCAAGAACGUACGCUACAUGCGGCCAUCCUGACCAAGUCUACCUUAAAGAUGUCUUCUUAACAUGCGGGCGACGGUCCACCGCUAUAAACCCCGAAAUUACAAAACUCGUAGUGACGGUGAGCACCUCGAUAGCGACAAUCUUUAGGGGACUGUGAACAGUCUAUGACGGCGUUUUCCGGUUGAGUUUUGGGGGAGCAGUUCAUCAAAGACUAACCCUUUAGGGGAGUGUCAUUCAAUCAUACAAAAUUACUUUGCAGAGCCCGGACCUCCAAGUCACGUUCGAGCUGUUCCAGUGUCCAAAGAAACAAUUCGUGUACUGUGGGAUCCCCCUUUAGAACCAAAUGGCAACAUAAAAGCAUACCGUCUCCACUACAGUAAGGCAGUCAAGGAUCCACGCGCAAUCAACUCUGAUAAAGUCUCCAUAGUCCGCCUUGCUGGAAAUACUACGUCGAAGUAUCUACCCGAUCUGGAAUCUCUCACAGAGUAUUAUUUCUGGGUGAUAGCGAGCACUUCCAAAGGGUUCGGUAAUGCGUCUGCUGUUGUCACACAAACCACUCAGGAGCAGAGUAAGAUAAUUGUUCAUUGGUUUAAGGAUACCUCUGGUGAUUGUGUUUGUCCCUAAGACAAAGGCCUGUGAAAUCCCGUAAUUUCGUGGUUUAGUUUUUGGCAACCCAUCUCCCGCGCCUUCUUUGAAUCCCGAAUCUCGCCACGGGUUUGUUUUAAAAUCCUGAAUCUCGAUUCCAAAUAAGGGAAAUCCCGCAUCCCGAAAAACCUAUUUGGGACACUGUAUUGAAAAAGAAGAAGACAUACACGGUAUCGGGUUUUGCCCGUGGGGUUGGAUGGGCCCUUGGGGAAUGGGAUUGGUGUUAAAACCGGGUUAGAACGCACAGCUACUGUAAUAAGAUCUUAUAAUAUUCGACUGAGACACUUAACCUUCAACUUAACUUCAUUGUUCACGUUUUACUGUCACGACUAUGUACUCAAAACGGGAAAAAGCAAGCUUUCCCUACUCCACCCCUUCAAUGUGCUGUCGGUACACCUGUAGGAAACAUUAAUGAACUACCCAACUUUAGGUGAAGAGGUACAGAUAUGUUUUGUUUUCCUGAAUAUACCCUGUUUGACGAAAGUGGCGCAACAAUUUGUCGCUCAUGGUAGCUUCAAUUUCGCUUUACGGUACGGAAAAUUUGAUUUACACCAAAUUUACUCAGUGCAAAUUUGGUGCAAAAAAAGUGAAAACUAAGGUUAGAUAAAGGGCAAAGAUGGUAAAUACCGCAUUUGCCCUCAAUUUUCCAACCGCAUGUAAACCGGCAAGCAAAUGCAGUAUUUACCAUCUUUGCUUUUGUUUUCACCCUAGUUUACACUUUUUUGCGCCAUAUUUGCACCGAGUAACGUUGUGUAACAAUUGAAUGCGGCGGGUCAGUAAAAUACAGGUCACUGUUCCACAGGUCAGAGUACAGGUCUCCAUGAUAUAGAUAAAUAAACAGCAUUAAAACUGUCUCCUAGCCCUAAACUCCUAACAAAAUGCUUUAUUAGAUCGAGGGAAUCUUUGUGGUUUGGAAAUUUAUCAAUGGAGCAGUGACCUGUAUUCUUGACCUGUGGAGUUGUGACCUGUACUUUAGACCUGGUAGUUUGAAUGUGGUAACGAUUAAAUCUUCUCCGGUGUUUGGGACUGUUCACAGCCUAACCCCAGUUUACAUCAGUUCCACGUUUUGCCAUGCCUGACAAUAGCUCUUUGUUUUUUGCUGAUUCAGUAAGAAAAUGCUUUAAUAAUACCACUUCAAGUAUAACAACGUCUGACAUACAUGGAAAAAAUAUUACUCUUAAAAGUAAUUUUUAAAGGAAAAAACUCUCAUUUUAGUCAAAGCAGAUAUAUUUUACGACAAUCUUCUGGUCACCCUUGCUAAACGAUCGACCUCUGCCAUCUUGGAUUGUGAAGCGUAUGGCUACCCUGAACCCUCAGUAAUGUGGUACAGCAGUGGUCGUGACCUUUCUGAUACCACCAAAUAUCGCCAGUUAAACAAUGGCUCACUGGAGAUCAAAGAAGUGAAAGAGGAGGACGCUGGUGAUUAUGAGUGUACUGCACUCAACAAAUUAGGAAAAAAGACAGUGGUUCGAAAACUUAAAGUGAAAAGUAAGUGUGGAUUCUUGUGAGGUAAAUAGUAAGGUAGAAGUCAAGUUACGACGACUGGCCGUUGCUCCAAAUGUUCAAUUGACCAUUUCUGGUAAUUAAUAUAUAAAAAUUAUAUGACGGGGAAAGAUACAGACAAAUCCAUUUUCUUGGUCUGGCUGUACAUUGCGCAUGCGCUUACCUCCUUGCGCAUGCGCUUACCUCCUCGAUAAUGGCAGAAUCGGACCGCUGUUUCGUUCUUGUCAGAACUUAUUAGCGUGGCGUAGCCUCACUUAAUUACUGUAUCCUCAGCUCUUUCUGGCAAAAAGCUAUUCAGGUAACAAGCAUUGGAUUAACGAGAAACAAACCCUGGUAUCAUCAAGGGUGGGAUUUGAACCCGGGACAUCUCAUUUUGGGCGCGGCGCCCCUACCAUUUGGCCACACUCAUGCUUGCUAACAUGUACUUGCCUAGCAUGUAUUCACUGACAGUUUUUCAUCUAAACGAAGACAACUGCAGCUGUCUUCGUUUAGAUGUAAAACUGUCAGUGAUUACAUGCUGGGCAAGUACAUGUUAGCAAGCAUGGGUGUGGCCAAUUGAAGCCCAGCUUACAAAGAGCUUGUGUGCGGGAUGGAAAAAGCUGAAAUGUUUUCACAUUAAAUUAAACGAGAAGCUUAGGACUGAACACCUGAGCUAGCUAAAGACCAACAACAUAAAAAAACUUCUAGCUCGCGCUUUGCGCUCGAGAAUUAUCAAGUGUAAAAAAGCGUUGCAGGUUGUACCGUAUUAGAAGAAGGAGAUUAGGGAUCUUGUUCGCCCUCAUGUUACUUGGGCGUAGCAUCAUACUUAUCAGGGUGGGUUUUUUUUAUCAUGAUUAACGGUUUAUAUGAAAGUUUCUUCUCCUGGCAAUUUCUCUUUCUUUCGUUCCAUGCUUUGAAAGUUAUUUUUAAAUGUGGUCAACUGGCUUGUAUGGUUCUUAUGUUCCCUGCUAGUCCUUCCCCGAUGCUGUGUUCCUGUUUGUUUAAAAUUAAAAUUAAAUGGAGUUUUUUCUUAUUACGUAAAUAAAAUUUUAAUCUUUAUUUCUUUUCUUCUCGCAGCACCCCCACUGCCGCCAACAAAAAUUAACUUCAGCAUACUUCAACACACACCAGCUCUGAACAUUACCUGGGAGGGAUGGAGUGACGGAAACAGUCCAGUAAACAUGUUUGUUCUUGAGUACAAAAUAAACAACGGCAUAUGGAAAGUUCAGUAUAUUCAUAAACUCACAUAUUUUGUCCUGCACGAUGUGGACUUUAAUUCUGGCUACUACUUUCGGAUCUCAGCUAUGAACGCUGUCGGAAGAGGGAAACCCAGCAAAGUGUUUAUGGUUAGGAUCGGAGGUAAGUUACGCCCCAGUCUAGGAGUGGAGGGAUACUCCAUGAAAGUUUGGGUAGAGUUGAGCGGCCGUAGGCUUUAAACCCCGGCCCGGUUUAAGACAAAAAUUGCCCAUUUGGCUACCCUGUUAAGACAAAUGACCAUAAUAUAUGACCUGCAUUAAAUUUUUCCGCAGAGAUGUAAUCGCCGUGAUGGUGAAAGCAAGAGGAGACCAACGCGGGAAUGCAUGCUCCUUUAUACAAACACUCCCUUAGGGCGAUAGAAAUGAUUGGCUCUUGAAAGAGAGGCUAGAUUGAUCUGAGUCGGAAGAUCAACCAUUUAGACCACAAAGGCAUAUGGUAUCGACAUAAAUAACAUUAUGCCCUAACAUAAUGUUUGGUUUUCGCGUAUUGUCAAAAAUAGACACCUUGGAAUUCUUUGUUGUACUUUUUGUCACCAGGAAAGUUGGCGCUUUUAUAAUCAUUGAAGGAGGUUAAGACCUAAAACUUCUGUCAUUUGAUAACUUGUUCUCGCCACUACGACACUCUCACUAAAACUCGUAGUAGAAUGACGACGGCUACCACGUUUUCCCGCCAAAUGACACUGGUUCACACGUGAGCAAUACUCAGUAUUUAGAAAAUCUCGUACCCGUAGUCGUCUCCGUUUUAGAAUCUAAAGCUCUCUGAUGUAGACCACCUCUCGCCGACCUUCUCAAUCUUGUCUUUUUCUCCUGUCAAAAGACGCUAAAGAUUGAAAUUGUAUUCCCUGUAUGCAGACACUGAAAACCAUACCCUGUUCAGUGGAGCGUACCCGUAUGGGCAAAAUAAGGGAAUGCCCCCCCCCCCACAGAAGGCCGGAGUCAAGAGCUUAAAUUUUCUUGAGCCAAACCUUACUUAUCUCUUACUUGGCUUCGCGGCUUUUUAACGUGGAUAAAAUAUUUACACAGUCGACACGUAAAGACAACAGUUUUUAUCCAUUUGUCUUUUUCAGAAGGAAGAAAAGUCAUUGUAAAAGAGGUUGUCGAACCUAAUGACACCAAAGCUACCGAGACCAGUCAGCUUUACCGUAACCCUACAUUCCUUGGGGUACUUAUCGGUGUUUGUGCAUUGAUAGUUAUUGUCAUUGUCUGUUUGCUGUUGGUGGCCUUUCGAGCCGGACACCUAAAUGCCGACAAGAUUCAAGGUACGGUCCUCGUACAAAAACCACUUGUGAGUUUUAAGAAACGUAGGGCGCUUUCCAUGUGUCAAAACUGGCCGGUCAGACCAUUACCCGACCAGUCAGUUUGAUAGUGAAAUAGGAUUUUCCUAGAGUUUUUGUUGAAAAGCCAUCUCCUUCAUACAUACUAUUCAGGAUUUGACCGAUCUGGCUUUAGAGUUCUGAUAAAAAGGGAAAUUAUCAUAUCAUUGCGACGGGAAUUGUCCUUGGCCGGUUAGUUGUGACAAAUGGGAAACGCCCUUAGUCUGCUAAUGUUUGUUCGUUGAUAAAUGUUUGAUACUGGCUUCGUUUACAGUUUGCCUCACAGCAAAGUCACUUUAAUGUAAAAGAAAGUUUUUUUAAAAUACUCGGCGAUAAAAUUAUUUAAUUCCUUCCUUCCUCGUUGGCAAACCAAUUUCGUGUGCCUCAUAACUACUUAUCACACUACUCGUUCGAACUCCUACCCAAAAUGUUUGUUGAUAAGUUAUCCAGCAACAGGAAAGAGCUGAUGUUUUGGGUAAUGCAGUUAGAUCGAAAUUUUUAAGUCGUUUUUGUACAUGAUUUCUCACUGGUAAGGUCUCUACUGAGAAGUUCUAAAAGCGCCAACUUUUUAAAUAACUCGAUGAAAAUGUAAAGCACAAGUUUUUGUCGUAAAUGGAGAAGGAAAGAAAAACUGGAUAAAUUUCGUUUACCCGGCUGCCUUAGCGCUGGAAAACCAACUAUUUUGUUUCGACUAAUUCUGUAAUAGCUGGCUAUUUAACAAUUAUUCCUCAAGCCCGAAUGGGCUAUUGACUCAGAGGCCAUGAGGGCGAGCGGAAUAAUUGUUUUAGUAAAAUCCAACUAGUUGGUCAAAAAUAUCGAGAAUAAAAAAAAAUUAGCUAGUUAAAGCUAGACUUUAAUUUUUUUUUGCAGCCAAAAAGCCCGCGCUUUUCGCUACAAGGGGGCUAUAACAUAUAGCCUAGUAGUAGCUCAACCAAUCAGAACGCAGCAUUGAUAAUAGACCACUAGUUCGAUUUUACUAAAAUGGAAAAGCACACCAUCUCACAUAAGUCCCUCAUAAUUUUCUCAGUGGGCUGGGCACCAUUAGAUUCCCCUCAAAAUGAAGUCUGAGAAACGAGUGCAGAAAUUCCAUACUGAUAACGCGUCACUUCCCAGAUCUGGGUAGUGCUUCUGAUUAGUCGUGCCGCGAGGGAAACUUGUUCUUUAAAUCAUUCUGAACAUGUUUAUUUCUCUUUAAAGGAUGGAAAAAAUAUUGGAGGCGAAAAGUAUUUAGAGACGAGCUUCAAAUACAGGGAGAUUACAUUGAAAGGUAUCGUUUAUGAGCCAUUUCAGUUUUAUUACUUCGCAGUUUAUAGAAUACGUACAAUUAAGAAAAACUGCUCGGACAAAAUAGGACUUUUAAAAUAGGUUUACGUUAAAGGGUCAAUAUUUGAACAAGAAAGUUUUUUCCCUCCAGUACUGUUACUUGUGGCUUAGGUAUUUACGUGUGUGUAUCCAAUCUGAAAGAUGAAAUGACGAAGCUAGCUGAACACAUGGAAAUGAAAGUUCAUAUCAUGCACAGUGCAUUUAAAGAGUCCAUUUUCGAGUUCGCUAUGACCGCCGAAUUAAAGAAGUGAAGACGCAUUUUUUACAGCCUUAGCCUCUAUCUGAAUUAAUAUAUUCACAAAUUCCAACCAGAAAAAGACCUGUUUAUUACUCUGUCUAUUGUGUAUAUUCAAAUUUCAAACACUUACUUGCCAGAAUUUCAGAAUAUGUUACUCUAUGAAUGUGUCGUUAAUGUUUGUAUUCAGCGGUAAUUUUUAAUUCGAAACUGGACUAUUAUCACAUUGUAGAAUAUAAAAUUUACUUUGGGCAUCACAGUCAUCAUUUUAUAAACAAUAUGAACUUCACCAUCAUCGUCGCUGUCGUCGUAAUUGUCUUCAUCAUCAUCAUCAUCAUCAUCAUCAUCAUCAUCAUCAUCGUCAUCGUCAUCGUCAUCGUCAUCGUCAUCGUCAUCAUCAUCACCAUCAUCAUCAUCAAUGUGAUUAUUAUUAUCGUCAUCAUUAUCGUUAUCAUCUUCAUGAUGCUAUUGAUGUCAGUCUCGUGAUUAAUCGCUGCUUUCUUUUUUCAGGCCGAACAACCUUGUCCAAUCAGAAGGAAGCCCUUCCACCAAUGGCAACCUAGCGGAUUUGUCAUCUUCGCCUGAGCCAAUACGCUCAACUCACGGCUCGGAGAUCAGCCUUCCCAGAAGCCUAAUCCGCGCCAACUUAACUCACGAACCUAUCAUCGAGGAAGAAUACCCUCCACCUCCCCCUCCGUAUCACUUGGACACUGGACAACCACCACCCCUUGAAGGGAGCUUUAGUGAUACUUCUUCAGAAGGGAAUUUUGUUCAACCCGUGUACCACAAGCCCACGCUUCAUGACACCGAUUCAUCUUCUUCCGCGCACCGUUACGUAGACGUAAAUGAUCAUACAACGUAUGCUAAUUUCUACACGACACAGAGAUCGUUAAAUGGAACCCCAGGGGUAGGGGUGUUGGGUUUUCGCGGGCACGCGGACGGAGGCUCUGAAUUCGAUACUGCCAGUAUCUCAAGGGCCAUGGAAUCUAAUUUUGACUUGCGCCACUCAUCAGCCGCUAGUCGUCUCAGUCGCCCCAGCAAGAGUAGCACGCAAAGUCAAGAGUUUGUACAUCCUGUCUACCUUCAGAGCCCAGCAAAUGCCAUACAAAGACCACGUGACUCUGGUUUAGGUCCCUCGCGGAAUGAUCUUCGCCGCUCAGGAUUCAACUCUAAACGGGGCUCUAGUCAGGUAACUCCUGUCAUGAAGCCGGUCCAAACCCCUCAGAGGAGAGAAUCAACAUCAUCAAAAGAAUACAGCCCCUAUCACGUGACUUAUGGUUCACGUGAUCCACGCGCAUACGACUCCGCAUCUUCAGAGUAUAGCUCAUCACGUGACGAACUCAUAUCAGCGCUUGAGUUCGGUAAACGCCAUAAUCUUGAUAAAUAUUAUGGAAUUCCAACUCUAGAGACAACCUCAGUUUCCUCGAACACAACAAACAGCAGCGAACAAGAUGGCAUUUGCAAGUUUACUGCUAGUCCCAGGCCACUUGGGGAUGGGUGUUAUGUGCCUACCCCAGUGCACGCUCCGCCACCCAACACGAGGGCAAGAUCCCGGGGGAAUGGAAAGUAUCUGUACGUUCUCGACCCACGUAGACGCGGCGUCAAUCAAGGCGCGGUUCCUCAGUCAAAUGCAUCGGUUGUUUGACAGUUACAGAAGAGAAGUAUAGUGCAUAGUAUUUAUGUCUGAUUUACGUUGAGUUUGGUACAAUAACAGUAUGAUGACUCUUAAUGGCGCAGAGAUUCGUUGUGUCAACUUUCGCCGGAUACCGAUCUUGUCGAUAAACUUUGAAUUCCCACUUCCAGAUUAAUUACGUUAGAGACGAAAAUGAUAGUAAAACUCAUUGCCAUCACAAAUACAUGUACAAAUUCACUUAUUUAAAACCUUUAUACUUUACGAUGGCUUUAAUGGUUAAACGAACAAAAAUCUUUAGAAAAAUAAUGCAAAAGUUAAAGGAAUAAAAUAAAUAUUAAAGAAUAGAUAGUAAUAUUAUUAAUAAUAGUCAAUCGAUAAAAACUGGUGAAUGUGAUAUCGAUUGUAUCGAUCAAUCGGUAGAAAUCGAUGACACACUCGUUUCGUUCAUCGAUUUAUCUUGAUAUUUACCGAUUUCUUCGAUUUGCAUCGGAAGAUACAUUUGUUCAUCAAAAUUUGAAAACUGAAUUCAUGCAAACAGUUAAUUUUUUUGACAAUUAAGCUGCAAUUGAAAGUCGAAGGAUCAAACAAUUAUCAUUUUUUAAAAAAGCGUUAAAAAAAUCCUAUCUUUUCUUUAAAACCAGGUUUAAAAUCUUCCUCUGAUUACUGAUAUUAGCCAGGUUUGUAGGUGCCCAGUUUUUCACGAUUGAGAUCUGUUACCCUUUUAAAAUACCGUCCCUGCAGUUUCGGGUGUAGUAACAUCCUGGAGUUUUUUUUUAAAGUCAAUACAUAAAAAUCGAAAUCGAUAAAAGUCGUUACCAGUCAAAUGAUUUUUAUCUAUCGAUGUCGGAAAACGGUGAAAAUCUAUCUAGGGAAAUCUUUUUGCCUGAUUUUGAGUCAUGGCUUUGACUCGAACUAAAAUUCAGGCUAAGAAAUGUUUACUUGCCCGCGAGAACUGAAUGUAAUUAAACCGAACCGUUUUUGUCAUUAUUUACAAAAUAAAGGGUUUUAGAGAGAAAACUGGGUGCGUAAUAGUUUCCACAUUUCUCCUUUUCUUGUUUGUGUACCAAUUGUUACUCCUGGAUGUGUUUUCUGACUUACACCAAAAAACAACUUUGGCGGACUUCCGUCAUAAAUCGUUAAAAUGAUGAAAAAAUCGAUAAUAUCGAUUUGACACAGCAAUAUAAUUUAUCGAUUUUCACCGAUUUCCGAUAUC